AAAUUAUAUCUAGUACGAAAAUUUCUUGUUUUACAUCAUAAGUAGGUACAUACAAUAUAAUUAUUUAUUUAACAUACAUAUAAAAUGGUGGCUAUUAAAAUAAAAAUGUUUGUGACGUUGUAUGUGGCAAUAAAUAUUCUGCAAGUAUUCAAUGGAGUAUUGGCUGCGCCUCAGCAAGGGAAUAAUUAUCCAUCGUUUCCGGCUCAACCGGCUGUUGUUGGACUAGCAAAUGGAUCGGCCGGCGGAUCACCUUAUGGAUCGUUCGGUGGAUCACCUAAUGGAUUUAUCGGCGGAUCAGCUAAUGGACCGGUCGGUGGAUCACCUUAUGGAUCAGCCGGCGGAUUACCUAAUGGAUCGAUCGGCGGAUCAGCUAAUAGACCGGUCGGUGGAUCACCUAAUGGAUUGAUCGGCGGAUCAGCUAAUGGACCGGUCGGUGGAUCACCUUAUGGAUCAGCCGGCGGAUUACCUAAUGGAUUGAUCGGCGGAUCAUUUGGGGAAUCAGCUAAUGGACCGGUCGGUGGAUUAGCCGGAGUGCCGGGCGCAAAUGGCCAACAAUCGUCGAUCCCGUGGGAGAUGAUCAACCAGGCCAGGCAAAAUUUUAAGGAUACGUUAAUGGCCACUGGAGUAGGCAGAAUGGUGGACGUCAUAGAUACGGCAAACUUGGCCACGAAAUUCGUUGACAAUAGGAUGGGAGACUUCACGGAUAUAGUGCACAACACUUUUUCAAUGGCCGACAGACUGGCCAAGAGAAAAGCGCAGUACGUGGCCAACAUGAUCGAAAUGGCCGGUGGUAGUUUUGGAGGUCUCAUAAGUGGCGCGCAGUCAAUUGGAGGAGCUGGGGCUGGAGCCGUUCAAGGGGUUUACGAUGGAGCUGUGGGAACUACCGCUAACAUCGUAAGAGCUGGUGGGCGUGUAGCAGCGUUACCCUUGAAAAUGGCAAAAGGCGUGACGGGUAUCAUCGGUGGAGAGCGCAGUCAGCCAACCAAUAACCCAAUUACCAGCAGAAAAUUGAUAUCUGCAUAUUGAGUAAAAUGAUCUAACUGUUAAAUCUUGUGUCAGAUUAUCAAAUCGCAAUUAUGUAUUCGUUAACUUAAAAAAGUGUUUUCAAUUAAAACCAUUAUUGAACGAUACUA